UUUUUUUUCCCAAAUCCAAAAAUUCUACGCCCAUGGAGCCGAAUGAAAGCACUGGACUGAGCUCUUACUACCACCACCAAACAGUCCACCCGCCCACCGCUAACCCCAACGCCGCGGCGGCGGCGGCGGCUGUAUCGGCCUCCAACGUCGUUCCGACGAAUGGAAUGUUGCCGAACGCCGGUAAUAGCGGCGCCGCCGCAGCAGGCGGGGCCGCUUCUCACAUGGUGUACCCCGGUUCGAUGCCAUCGGCCGUGUCGUCGCCGAUGGAUACCGUUAAGAGGAAGCGCGGAAGGCCUAGAAAGUACGGGACUCCAGAACAAGCGGCCGCCGCGAAGCGGAUGUCUUCCGCUGCUUCCGCUUCUAAUUCUCUGCCGAAGAAGAGGGAUCAGGCGGCGCUGGGUGGCGGCGGAGGCGGCUCUUCAUACUCUUUAAACAAAUCUCAGUUUGCCGGGAUUGGUGAUGAGGGGCAAGGGUUUACACCUCACGUCAUUAAUGUGGUUGCUGGAGAGGAUGUGAGCAACAAAAUAAUGACAUUCAUGCAACAAAGCAAGCGUGAAAUAUGCAUUCUCUCAGCCUCUGGUGCAGUCUCCAGUGCAUCUCUGCUCCAACCAUCAACUUCUGGAGGCAGUGUUACAUAUGAGGGAAGAUUUGACAUCCUUUCAUUAUCUGGGUCAUAUGUAAGUAAUGGACGUGGAGGGAAAACUGGUGGACUUAGUGUAUGUUUGGCUAGCAGUGAUGGUCAAAUCAUUGGAGGUGGAGUUGGUGGUCCCUUGAAAGCUGCAGGUCAAAUCCAGGUUUUUGUAGGAACGUUCAUUGUUGACUCAAAGAGGGAUAUAACAGGGGGUGUAAGACAUGAAACACCUUCACAAGUUGGCGUGUCACCACCAAUGCCAGGUGUUGGCUUCCAUUCGGGGUUUAAUUCUUCUCAUCAAAAUAUGGGUGGAAGUCAAUUCAUGAGUCAGCCGCGGGGCAUGCAACCAACACCUCUACAAUGGAGGGCUGAUGCAGCAGGCCAUGCAGUGCACCAGUCACCAGAAAACGGGGGCUUUGACCACCUUGGCGAGUAGGAGACGUCACCUUGGAGCCCUGUAACAUACAUACAUUUCUAUCUUAUAGGUUCUUUUGGACGAGAGAAACACAGACUGUUUUCACCACCCGCCGCUCCUAGCUGUAGUGUACAGGGUAGGGAAUCUCUCCUUUUAUUUUGCAGAUGAAACUGCUUGAAUUAACAUUAAACAUCUUGAACCUCAGAAAUUUUGUGCACUGCUAUGUGUUGUCUGUGUUUCUUUGCUUAAAGACUAUUUGUUAAUUGUUAUCUUCACUUUGUGUCAA